CGUGUUUUGUGGCUUUGCCGAUUACUCCACCGCGAUAUCCCAAUCGUUGUUCUUUCUGCCCAACGUUCACGUCGCCACUACGGCCUGCUUGACGAAUUCACCGUUGAUGAGCUAUGCCAGUGCAAGCGGCAGGUUCCCGAGGCAGGCUUGUCGGCCAACCGUUGCUUUAUGCCAUCUCGAUCUUUGCCAGCGUCGGCGUCUUCCUGUUCGGAUAUGACCAGGGCGUUAUGUCGGGGGUGAUCACAGGCCCGCACUUUCGGAAAUUCUUUGGCUCUCCCGGCCCCUUCCAAAUUGGAACGAUGGUAGCCGUUCUCGAGGUCGGCGCUUUCGUAACGUCGAUUGCGGCCGGGAGGAUUGGAGAUGUGUAUGGAAGGCGGGGGACCCUAUUUGCAGGGGCUGUGGUGUUCUCCUUGGGCGGCGUAAUACAAACAUUCACCACUGGCUUCAAGAUUAUGGUCGUCGGUCGCAUCGUGUCAGGUUUUGGCGUUGGGCUGUUAUCAACAAUCGUGCCGAUAUACCAGAGCGAAGUUUCGCCACCAAAUCACAGGGGAGCUUUGGCCUGCAUGGAAUUCACCGGCAAUAUCAUAGGCUAUGCCGUCUCAGUUUGGACGGACUACUUCUGCUCAUUCAUUGAUUCGGAUUUAUCAUGGCGCAUUCCGCUAUUUAUGCAAUGCGUCAUUGGUUCCAUACUGGCCGGUGGCUCGCUACUCAUGCCGGAGAGUCCUCGCUGGCUUAUCGAUACCGAUAGAGAUGCAGAGGGAAUGCGUGUUCUUGCCGAUUUACAUGGAGGCGAUCCAGAAGAUGUCAUGGCCCAGGCCGAAUACCAAGAAAUCAAGGAGACCAUUAACGCCGAGAGGGAAUUAGGUGAAGGCCGUAGUUAUGGUGUUAUGUGGACCAAGUACAAGCGCAGGGUGUUGCUUGCCAUGUCCUCGCAAAUGUUUGCCCAGCUGAAUGGCAUCAAUGUGAUCUCAUACUACGCGCCUCGAGUGUUCGAAGCUGCUGGCUGGCUCGGCCGUGAUGCAAUCCUCAUGGCUGGUAUAAAUGCGAUAGUUUACGUAUUCAGUACAAUCCCUACAUGGUACUUGGUAGAUCACUGGGGGCGGCGUCCGAUCCUCCUUUCCGGUGCAGCCGUGAUGGCUCUAAUGUUGACUGCUACGGGGUGGUGGAUGUACAUCGAUGUUCCGAUGACUCCCCAGGCAGUCGUAGUCUGUGUUGUGAUAUACAAUGCCGCCUUCGGAUAUAGCUGGGGCCCUAUCCCUUGGCUUUACCCUCCGGAGAUCUUACCCCUCAGUUUCCGAGCGAAGGGUGUCUCAAUUUCUACGGCCACAAACUGGGCGUUCAAUUUCCUUGUUGGGGAAGCCACUCCGGUGUUGCAAGAUGUCAUUAGAUGGCGUCUUUACCCCAUGCACGGAUUUUUCUGCGUUUGCAGUCUAGUUAUGGUUUACUUCCUCUACCCAGAAACUGCCGGCGUACCACUAGAAGAAAUGGAUGCUGUCUUCGGAGAAGAGGAACUGGAGGAACGAUACGAGAAUGAUUCAGAACGUGCAUCUCUCGUAGCCAACGGCGAAGGGACUACCCAUCAAGCCAUCAACUCACCGACAAAACCCGAUAGUCCCCGGCCAAGACGAGGAUUUCUGAGCCGGUUUAUGAAUGGUUCAGAUGGCCGGGCAUCGUACGAACCGAUUCGAAGUGGGGAGGAAUAGGAACUCGCGAGGAUGGACAUGGCAGGGGUAGUGCAUGAAAUUGCCGACCAGGAUGGUAGUGGUCCUGCGAAUGGGGUGAUGAAGGACGCGCAGUCUUGACACAUGCAAUGUGCACUGGUGGGAUAUCAUUGCAUGGGUAUAGAGGAGAGAAGACUGGCUCGGUGUUCUGUAGUGGUUGUGUCCGUCCUCCUGAGCAUCGCGGUGUCAUCCCUAUCUUACCUCUGUCGGGUCGCGACACUGUCGCUUGCAAUGUUUACUAUUCUACCCGUAUCUUCACUGUUAGCUUGUAGAUGCCGCUCGCAUGUGUCUACCCAUAACACGCGAUCGUAAAUAUUUAUAAAUGACCCCC